UAAUAUUUACGGUCAUCCCGGUAGCACCUGACUGACAACAGCUGACAGCCUACACUUCCAGCGGUGCAGCCAUGGAGAAGUUGUCUGUGGUCGUCGUCCUCUCUAUCCUUGUAGCAGUGUAUGCUGAUACCCCAGCUAACUGUACAUACGAAGAUGUGAGAGGAACAUGGGUAUUUUCCGUUGGAUACAGAGGAUACAAUCGCACGGUAGACUGUUCCUCUUUUUCAACUGGUGAAGAGACUUAUGAAGUGACCUUUGACUUUCCUGCCUUGGCUGUUGACCAGUAUGGUAAUGACGGAUUCUGGACUCUCAUUUAUAACCAGGGGUUUGAAUUUGUCAUUGCUGGAAGAAAAUAUUUUGUUUUCUCAAAAUAUGAAACCUCUGGGUCGAAAGUCACCAGCAUCUGUGAUCAGACGAUGCCAGGGUGGUCACAUGACGUGUUUGACAGAAACUGGUCUUGCAUCAUUGGCAAGAAGAGUACCCCUGUCCCACGCAAGACCUAUGAAGACCCACUUGCAACACGUGACCUGAAGCAGAAGUACAGGAAUGACCUUGACCUCAUCAACAAGAUCAACAGCAUGCAGUCAUCAUGGAAGGCACAGGCGUACAAGGAUCAGGAACAGUAUACUGUAGAGGAGAUGAUCAACAGAGCUGGAGGCCCUCGAUCAAGGAUUCUAUCGAGACCUCAUCCUGCCCCAGUGACUGAGGCUGUAGCAAGACAGGCAGGACGCCUGCCAGACUCCUUCGACUGGCGUAACGUGGGCGGCGUUAACUAUGUCUCCCCCAUCAGAAACCAAGGUGCCUGUGGGAGCUGCUAUGCGUUUGCCUCCAUGGCGCUGAAUGAAGCUCGUGUCAACAUCAUGAACAACAACACAGGGAACCCAGUGUUUUCACCCCAGGACAUCGUGGAGUGCAGCGAGUACUCUCAAGGGGGGGGCUUCCCCUAUCUGAUCGGCGGCAAGUACGCUGAGGAUUUCGGACUGGUGGAGGAGGACUGCAACCCCUACAAGGGCAAGGAUGGAUCUUGUUCCACCUUAAAAAGCUGCGGGCGAAGAUACUCCACACGAUAUGAAUAUAUAGGAGGAUACUAUGGAGCAUGUAAUGAAAAACUGAUGAAAAUAGCCCUGGUGGAGAACGGUCCUGUUGCUGUGGGGUUUGAAGUAUACAAAGAUUUCCAGGCCUACAAAGGAGGCAUCUACCACUUCACCGGCGUGACAGGGUCAUACAACCCCUUUGAGAUAACAAACCAUGCAGUACUGGUCGUAGGGUACGGAGCUGACCAAAAGACUGGAGAGAAGUUCUGGUCUGUCAAGAACAGUUGGGGGCCACAGUGGGGAGAAAGCGGCUACUUCCGCAUCCGGCGUGGAACUGAUGAGUGCGGCAUUGAGUCACUAGCCGUGCAAUCCUUCCCCAUAAUGUAAACCCAUUCUUUCCCCCCUCCUUCCCAUCCUGAUUUAGAUGUUUUAUGUUUUUACAAAUAUAUUUAUUUUAAUAAUUAUAACAUUAAAACCCUGUGAUUGCCUUUAUACUUGGAGGAGAUCUCCACUCACUAUAUGUUCACUUUAGACUGGGUAAGUUGUACACAAGAAAUGAGUUGAUGUAUAUAUUUAAUGUAUUUACUAGUCAUGUGAAAGUGCUACUAGUUUAUAAGGACAAGGACCUCAGACUUCAGUGCUUCAGAUUUUGUUGUAUGGAAGAUCAAUCUAUGAAUGAUGCAUAUGUUUAACCAGAUAUUGCCAACGUAUUUUCAUACUUGUAUAUUUUGUAAAAGUGUGGUUCCUGUAUAGUCAUAUUUUUCUAAACAUUCCAUAUUUCAGGAAUUUGUCCUGAAAACAUGCAUGCAACUAACAAGUGAACCAUUGUCCAGUUUUAAAAACCUACUUCAAUGCUAAGUUUUGGGAAGUAGUCAUGUCAUGGUUAUUGAAAUAAACGUGUGUUAGUGACUUCGUACAGGAGUGUCACUCCCCAGAAAAAAAAUAAAAUGACAAUGUAUGAUAUUUUGUCACUAGAAGGUGUUAUCCUAAAGAACACUGAGCCUUUGCCUGUUUUUUUCCAAGUUAAGCACUCAGGGAAUCCCAUAUUUGAUGAUUAUGUCAACACAAAUGUACACGUUAGAUAAAUCGUGCUGCUGUAACAGAUUAAUGUUUUGUCAGUCCUAGACAAUAGCCGUGUUUAAGUGAAUUGCAGUGUGGUUACAGUAUGGGUCUUAACACCCCUACAGACAAAGUAACGACCCAUGCCUUGUAUUUCACGGUUUAUUUACACCACACCAUCAGAAAUGUACAUUCCAGCAUUUGUUAAAGUUUCCAAUAAAUUGGUCCUCAUAUCA